AAUCCCCCUCGCGGAAAUGACCGCGACCGGUCCCGGGACGCCGCGGUGAGCGGCCCCGAGGCGGGGUCUGGCGGCUGCCGGGGAGCCAGCACCGCGCUCCGCGCCCCGCUCCGCGCCCCGCUCCGCGCUCCGCUCCCCACCAUGCUGGGGCUGCUGGGGCUGCUGGGGCUGCUGGUGCUGCUGGCCCUGCUCGGGGGACGGCGAGCGGCCGCCCCCGGCGCCUGGGCUCCGCUGAAGCGCUGGGCCCUGGGCUGCCUCCUGCUUUUCCACGGCGCCGGGAGGCAGCGGGCGGCCGGCGGAGGUCCCGCGGAGCCGCGGCGGCCGCGCCCGCUUCGCCCCGACCCCCACGCACUCGAUUCGGUUUACUUCACCGGCUUUGCAGAGACCAACAAGACCUUCGUGAUUGCUCGUCUUGCGAAACGUCCCGAUGGGAUCUGUGAGAUGUGGCUCUUCCUGAGGGUGGAUGGAAUAGGAGAGUUUGAACACCCACAACAUCCAAACAUGAUGGUGAGUGAUGAAUCUGAAGAGAUUUGGAGUGGAGGAGGGCUUACUAUUGAAUACUUAGAGCCCCAAACAUGCUGGAAAAUAAGCUUCGACGGAUUACUCAGAAAAGGACCCUACCGACAGCAGUGGAGCGAAGAGGAAGGUGAACUUGUACCAGUUCAAUUCUCUUUCCAUUGGGAGAACUUCACAGAAGUCUUUAACUUUAGUGUCGACAGUCACCCCAGCACAUUUGCACGUGCAUUUGCCCAGGAACCGUGGACCAUCGAGUUCUUCCAGAGGGUCAAAAAACAAAGGGAACAACAUUUCCGACAUGAGCAGUGGGGCCAGUCUGUUGGAGAAAUUGAAAUAGAAAAUCAUGAGAAAACUGAACUUUCCCUCAAAGGCGUUCGGAGCCACUCUUACGGUAUCCGGGACUGGUCUGAGAUUUACCGUUAUGUCAUGAUUUUGGCACACUUUGAGGAUGGGACUGCGGCACAUUUAACAGUUAUUAAUAUGCCAGCUACCACAACUAACCUCACUGUAGGUUAUGUCUUUUUCCCCGAUGGGAGGAAGGCUGGCAUCGAGUGGUCCAAUGCCUCACUGGCUGAGAUGGCUGAUGAUGGUGUUAUCAAGGAUGAAUAUGGAGUCAGUUUUACUGCCGGUGGCAAGUACUUUGAUGUUUCUGCAACGCUGGAUAAGCAAGCUUGCCCCAUGGUGUAUAACGGCCUGACUGGAAGCGGCGUUUUCCACGAGUGCAUUGCAGAUUUCCGACUGAACGGGUUAACGCAAGGCUGGGGCUUGGUUGAAUUUUAUUACAGGGAUGAAGCCGCCCAGCUGGUUCCAAAUUUGCAGCUUGGUUCAAAAGCCAAAUGACCCGACCUUUCCUCCUGGCACCCUGCGACCGACAGCUCUCCCCCUUGAGCAUUUGCAAGUUUGUCCCAGCAUCGUUAGCAAGCAGCAGCUUUCAAAAAAAAAAAUGUUACUCCCUGCAAAAUGCACAGUUUUGGGUGUGGAACUCAUUGUCACAGGAUGCUGUGGAGGUCAAGGGUAUAAAAGGAUUUGGAGAGAAAUGAGAUACGUUUUUAGUUGUGCAGCUUUUAGUGGUUGCUAACCAUGGUGGUCUGGAGGCAAUUUAAAGGAAACCUCUGAACAGCCGAUUGCGGAAGAGUGCACUAGGAGGGAUCGCUCUAUGCUCUGUCUUUUGGUAUUUUUCCUAAACUGCCAGCUGCUCCCCACCGUGAAGACCAGGACACUGGGCUACGUGGAUCUCUGACCCAAUUUAGCAGUUCCUCUGUUCUUUCAGAUUUGUUUUUGAAAUAAAAGCUCUAUCUUUCUGAA